UUGAUAGCAAAAGACUUUGGUAUAAUGCUUUUAUGCCCUCGGGUGGGUCUCAAACGUAUUCGAGCAAUCUGGCAACCCGCCACAAGUCAGACGUCGGGACGCUGUCACGCAUAACAUGUAGAGGACGGAGACGCUAAGCGCGAGAAGAUGUCCGUGGCUGUGGAAGAGGGGCGCGCGCGCCCGGCGGCCAGACGGACAGCGGUGAAAUGCAUGUGGGCGCUUUUUCCUCACGUCGUGCUCAUCCUCUCUCUCAUCGCCUACGCCGUGCUCGGUGCCUUCCUCUUCCAGGGGAUCGAGGGGAAACCGAGAAACGACACGGACGAGUACCGAAAUUUCGUGCGCCAAGUCGUGGCGACUGUGCGCAAUCACUCCGAUGAGUCUGAGGAGGUUCUCAUGGGUGCUGUAGAGCAGAAGAUCAGAAUGGACUACCAAGCCGUGUGGUCUCAGAGUUAUAAAAAUUGGACCUUUUAUGGCUCGCUCUUCUUCUGCUGCACCGUCUUCACCACUGUGGGCUAUGGAGAGAUCUACCCAGUGACUGGGACUGGAAGGGUAGCAUGUAUCAUCUAUGCCAUGCUGGGAAUUCCACUCAUGCUGCUAGUCAUUUCAGAUGUUGGUGAUAUUCUGGCAAUGCUCGUGUCCAAUGCUUACCAAAGAUUGCACUCUUCCCACAAACGUCUUCUCUCUCAGCUGUGGAGCCUCUGCAGAAGCCGGAAAAGUGGCACAAUCCACAACAGCAUCUAUACUUCCAGUCAGGACAUAGCAGUGGGUAAACCACUGGACAUCCGCGAGGUGAUGCUCACCCAGUCAUCUGUGAAGCAAAAGUCCACCCAGUUUCUCAAAAAUGUUGCAAUCUUUGAGAGCAUCAUCACACGGGAGAAGUUUGGUCAGAAUGGACCUCUGACACGCACAUGCUCUUGCCCCCAGCUCAAUCAGAUGCCACCUGUGCCUUUGGGCUUCAAGAUGUGGGACUUUAAUACCAUCGGCCAAGAGAUGGACGGUUUGAACGUUCCAUUCAUGCUAAUCCUGCUUGUUGUCUUUGCUUAUAUACUGAGCUGGGCACUGAUCCUACCACUGUGGGAGAAGGACUUAAACUGGUUCGAUGCUUUCUACUUCUGCUUCAUAACGCUUACAACCAUUGGCUUUGGUGACAUUGUGCCCAAGCACCCCAAGUUUUUCAUGCUAACCUUCCUCUUCAUCAUCACAGGCAUGGCCAUCAUGAGCAUGGCCUUCAAGCUGGGCCAGUCACGCAUCAUCAGCUGUUACCACCGCUGCAUCGGCUGUCUCAGCUGCCUUGGUGUGGGAAAGAAGGGCAAGUACAACGUUCAGGGCAAAUGAAGAAGGCAACAUGCUGAAACUGGAGGAUCCAUGCGUAAAGUGGACAGAUGUGAUUCACUAAAGAUUCCCUUAAAGUCCCUUUACUUUUUACUCAUCUAAAUUAGCUUACUGAAAUUUUUUUUCCAGUGCUUGGGCUUCCACAAGCUCCACGGAAAGUUGUAGAUAGAUGGGAUGGACAGUGGAAUUAUAAGUAUUUAUGAUGCAUGCGAGUGGGUUCCAUUUCAGCUUUUCACAUUUCUCCAUACGGAAUACUGGAGAUUGUUGGAGGACAAUGGGGAGCUGCAUACCAAAUCUGCCAGUGUGGUGAAAGAGACCAAAUUGGACUGUUUUGCAGUCCUGACAGCAUUUAUGUUAUUUUGUUUGGUCACAAGCUAAUUUUUCCCUUUCUCUCUGUUACUGUUUUCAAGGUCAUGAAGUUGUGGAGCAGCACCAAAAGGGCUUGUGAUAUUCAAAAUUCGCCAGGGUAGAGCCAGAACUCAUUUUAGUCCAAAAAUGAUACCAACUUAUUCUGUCUUAGCAUAAACACAAUGUCAAAACAGUACUUUCCUGAGCUUGCGCAGGCAGCCCCAUAUAUUACAACCUAGAUUUGUGGAUGUACACUUUCUACAUCACAACACUUCCACAGAAAUAGCAAGUACUAACUGAAUACAACUGAAUUGUUUUAUCUGUAACAAAUAAAAACAAAUUCAGUGGUGGCCACCCAUCUUUUGUAUCACUUGUGCUGAUGGUCACAGAAGUUCAGAGAAUGAAUAACACCAUAAUCUUUUGCCUUAUUCUUGCUCUUGCGGUGUGAUCAUGAACAACAGUGUUUUAAACCAAACAAACGUUGUAAAUGCCUGAUUAUUUUCAUUGGGACCCUGAGAACUGUUUUUGUUUUUUUGUUUUGUUCAAGUUCAUGUAUCAGGACUGGAUCCUUGAGCAAGUCCCUCUAUGGCUACAUUGCAUGUUCUCAGACCUGGAGGUCACGUUGCAUCUGCCAAAUGAAUAAAAAUGAUUUACUGAUGAUCAGACCUGACAGCGUGAUGAUUAGCAGUGCAGAAUGUGCAAAGCUUGGCUCUCCAAGAGUGAGUGUAUGCACUAUGUGUUACAGUUUGGUUACCCAUAUAUCCAGAUACCAACAGUAAAAGAAAAAAAUGUGAGAUAAAGAUGAUAAAUGUAAGAAAACCAAUGGUUUGGUAGCAUCUAAAAUGUGUAAUCAAAUAAAACAAACUAUGAAAAAUAAAUCCUCUCUACAAAAAAAAAAAAAAAAACAUUAUUGUACAGUAUUAUUACAUAUAUGCCUUUGUAUUUCAACCAAACCUACACAAUAAAGUAGUGCUGUCAUAACUGCCAUGGGCUGUAUAUCUUGAAAAUCAGUCAAAAGUUGAGAAAUACUGCUCCUCUUGUAUGCUGAAACAAAUAUGAUGAAACCUGGUCUAUAUCAAUGGCAGAGGCUUGAUUAAUAAUAUUCCACAUAUACAUAGGUUACAAUUUUAAUUUGCAACAGAAGCAGCUCUUUCUAGGCCAGCUAACAGAAUCAUAAAGAAUUACAAUUUGAUGAUAUAGUAUUGAAUUUAAUAAAAAAAAUCCAUGUUGUCGAAAAAAUCCCCCCCCAAAAAAUACAAAUUUGAAAUGGGAGAUUUGGUUAAUCCAGAGCGUGAUAUACACCGCAACUGUAAUAUACAGUAGCUUUGAAUAUAUCAGAGAGCUAAGAAUAGACAAUGCGUUUGAUGUGGGCUGUUCUUUUCCUACAACCGGCUUACUUUUUCUAAAUCACAUGACACAACUGAAAAUGAAAGGUAUUCUGGUAUUGUUUCACUAGCAUCGGAUUGCAUGUAUUCUGCUUCAUGUGACCAAAUAAAUUCUAUGUGUUUAUCCGA